AAUAUUAAUAAUAACAAUGGCGGAAUCAGCAGACAAUAAUAAAAGUUACGAAUUAAAUGCUGAUUACUUCGAUUGCCCAGUCUGUUCUGACAGUUGGCUAUCAAAAGAUCCGAGAGUAUUACCUUGUCAACAUACAUUAUGCAAAGAGUGUUUAGGCAAGUUGGAGCACAAGGAAUGCGUCGGCUUUGAUUAUAUUGAAGAUGUUAUAAAUUGUCCUGUUUGCAGAUUAACGGUAGUAUGGCCGGAAAGAGGAAUAGACGGAUUUCCAAAAAAUCUAGUAGCAUCUAAUGUAACAAUAAGCAAAAAAUUAGAUCAAGUGAAUAAUUUAAAUUGCGAUAAACACGGCUUAGAAAUUAUCUUUGUUUGCUGUUUUUGUUCAAACAUUCCAAUUUGUAGAAAAUGUUGGAAGAAUCAUGAAAAUCACAAAUUAAAAGUUUAUGAAGAUUAUAUUAAAUCGAAAAAUUUUAAAGAUAAAUGUAACGAAGCUCUUGAACAGUUUAAACAGCAUUUUGAUAAGUCGUACUCGAAUUUGGCAUUGAAUGAUGAUAGGGUAGAAAAGAUAAUUAGUCGUGCAAUACAUCAAGUUAAAGAAAGUUGUAUUCAAAGUAGAAAGAAAGCUAUCGAAAAUAUAAAUGAAAGAUUAGAAAUAUUAAAACAAGUUGCAAAUGAUAAAGAAAACUGGAAUUCUCUCAAAGAGCUUGAAUUUGGAAAUAAGGUAUUACAUUCAAUACAAAGUGAAUUACAAGAGAGCGAACAUUACAGUAUAAAAGCAAACAAUACUGAAGAAAUGGAAAGAAAGAUUAUUAAUUUUGCAACUGAACUUUUCCUUGCCAAAGAGAAGACUGGAUCUACAGGGAAAAUAUUGGAAUAUCAUAACUUAUUAAUACAAAUUGAAGAUUUAUUCCGAAUAUGUCGUGAACCUAAAUAUCCCUAUAAAUUGUUCAAUUUUGAAGAUGUUAGAGAAAUAAAUAGGGUAAAAUUUCCAGUUGUUUUAUGCAUUCACGCUAUGUGCUAUCAUAUGGAUAAUUUUAAUUCGCUUUAUUUGAGCGUUACUACAGUUUAUGAAAAGGCUAUUAUAUGGCAGUUGAAUUCGAAUAACUUUGAAAUAAUGAAAACAUUUCGCCUAGAUAAGAUUGCCCAGAGCAUAAUGAUUUUUAAGGAUGAAGUUUAUUUAUGUAAUUGCGAAGCUAUUGUUAAACUUGACGAAACCCCUAUCCUCAUUACUAGAAUUGAAAAUGCGGUUGCUGCUAUCGCGGGAGAUGGAAAUUAUUUUAUUUGUAUAACAAAGCAUACAAUUAAAAAAGUUGUUAUGGAUCCUUUAAUAAAUCAAGUAAUCGUUAUUGAUAUUGGUCCUGGUAUAGCUCCGCAUUUAACUCAGUAUAAGAGUAUUUGUAAUUGGAAGAAUGAUUUUGUGAUUGUUCUUGAUGGCAGUUUUAGAGGUGGAAAGUGUAUAUGGAUUUACGACGUUGAUCAAAAUUGUAGAAGAAGUAUCUUUUCGUGCGGUAAAUAUAGAUCGCCAACUAUAAAUAAAGAAGAGCCGCUGUUUUUCGAAAAUCCAUUAAGUAUUUGUUCGAUAAAUAAUGAUGUUGCCAUUGUAUCUGAUUCAGGUUUAAAAAGACUACAAAUAUUUAUAAAUUCUAUGGAAAAUAAGCCAAAAACAUAUACUUUGGAUUUUAGUCCAGAUCUUAUUUGCUUCUCUCCGAAUAAAGAAGAGAUCUAUGUCUCCGAAAGAAGAGGAAAUAAUAUACUUAUAUUAUCUUAUAAAGACUUUCCAACUAAGACAAGAAACGAUUGAUGAUAAACAAACAAACAAACAAACAAACAAAAAAUACUAACAGUCUAUUUUUUUAAGCCUUUUAACAAAACGAAAAAAUUCAAAGUAACAUAAUCAACUUCUAUAUUUUCCCUAAUUAAAUAAAAAAAAUGUU